CUGACAGGUAAACCAUUUUUUUUAAUCUCAAAAAUUUUGAAAUUUUUUGCAGGAAAUAUGAUGUCACGAGUGUUUUCAGGAGCAAUGUGUAGAAAGUGAGUUUUUUUGGUCGGGAAAUUCGAAAAUAUUGAACAUGUGACUUUUUUCUGAAAAAAAAACUUGAAAACAAGCAAAAAUCAUAAGUUUUUUGUGUGGAAAUUUCCGCAAAAUAUGAGUUUUUCGUGGAUUUUUGGCGAAAAUUUGAGGUAUUUGAUCUGAGCAAUGUUUCUUUGCAAACAAUUUUCGAAGGGAUUGUCUUUUUAGGAAAUUGUUUAAUAUGAGCAAUGAUAAAGAAUUGAGUUUUUUCCCGUGGAUUUUUGGUUCCAAAAGCGUAUCUAGGUAUUUUAUUGGUGUCAAAAAGACCUAAAUUUUUGGAGCGAAAUGUUUUGCCACGUGGCAAAAGUUUUUUUUUUUCCCAGACGUAUCCAGUGUCAAAAAAUUGCGAAAAUUUUGCCAUAUACAACAUUUUUCCGGCGCGAAAACUCAAUUAUAGUCAAUUUUCUCGUCUCAUGAAUUAUUCAUCCAAGUCUAACUAAGCCUAAGUUUUUCACCUCGUAAAAAAAUGCUUGAUUAAUUUUUGCAAUUUUUACUAGCCUAGCUUUUAGCCUAACUUCUUAGGCUCCGCCCAUUUUUUCUUUUUUCUCUGCGCACUCAUCGCCAGCUCUUUUUAGUAUUCCUAUUUUAUUUUCCUUUUCUUUAUACAUAUAUUUUUUGGCUACACGGCCCGAAUUUUUCGGUCCGAGAAAGCCCGGCCCGAAAACGUCGAAAUUUUGGCGAUUUUUGAGCGAUUUCUACUUUUUUCGUCGCUCAAAAAUGGAAAGUGAAGAGGAUGAGACACCGAGAACACCAACGGUGAACUUCUCCAAACCAAGGUAGAUUUUUUUUCAAAAUUUAGUGUGAAAAAAUCCACGUAUGAACAUGUUGGUGACAAGGUUUCACCUGAAAAACAUUGGAACCCAGAAAUCUGAAAAUGUUCCACGUGGCAGUUUUCAUAAUAUAUUUUUCUGAAAAUUUGGAACCAAAAAGUUUGUUACAUAACAUUGAAAAUUGCAACGAAAAUACAAUGCCACUUUUUUUCUGAAAAAAAAAUAUUUAGAUCAAAUUUUUGACGUGAAUUUUUCUUGUUUCCACGUGGCACUUUUUAGCGUUAAAAACCCACGUGGAAAUUCGCAUUUCUCAUAUUUAAUUUGCUCUUAUGUUUAGUGAUAAGAACUUGAAGGUGAAUAUGUGAAAAGGAUCAUUGCUCAGAUUAGCGCAACAAAUUUAAAACGUGUUUUUCUUGAAACUUUUGAGCUGUCAACUAAUCCUAUCAGAUUUUUUUCUCUAAUUCUUUUUCGAAAAAAAUUGAUUUUGCUCCGCUCGAGUUAUGCUAAUUCAAUCAUUUUUUAUUUCGAGCUCGAAACUUUUUUGCUCUUUCUUCUCUCCAAAUGUUUAAUUUUUGAAAUUUUUGCAUAGAAAAUCGGGCCACGUGGAAAAUAUUUUCAGACCACGUUAAAUUUUUUUUUCAUUUUUCCUAGAUUUUUUUGCUCACCAAAAGCACUUAAAAAUUGUGUUUUUUUUUGCAUAAAAGACUUAUUGUUCGACAUAUGAAAAAGGGACCUUUUCCUCCUUUUUUUCUACGAAAAAAACCGGAAAAAGGAUUAAAUUUUACUUUUUUUUGGAAUGAAAAAAUGACGAAUGUUUGUUUUUGGGGAAAAAAGAUACCUACUUAAAAAUAUAUGGAAAAUGAGGUUUUUGGCGCCAAUAUUCAUGUCUUGAAGCAUUGCUCAUAUUAAUCAUAUUUUUUGAUGCUACAAAAUUAUUGUGCAAAAAAAUGGGAAAAGCUACAAUUUUUGUUGGAAAACAUAAAAUAAUGAUGAUUUUUGAUCCAAUUUUUCCCGAAAAGUUUGAAAACAAUUUUAAAAGGAACAUACAGUAAUUCUGAAAAUCUCAAAAUUUUUAUUAAAAUUUCCACCUUAUUUGUUUUUUUUUGCAGUUUCUACCGUGUAAAUACAAUCGCCAGUUCAUCAAGUCAAAAUAAUCUUCGACUUGUCGUAAAUCGUUCACUUUCAACAGAUAUGUGCGGAAAUCAUCAACAAGAUUUAUUAUUUGAUUUGUAUAAAGAUGAAACAACUGGAAAAGUGUAUUUACCGCGAUUUUUCAAGGCUCUUUUAGAAAGUGGAAUCAGGAAAGAUGAUCCGAGAAUUGAUAAAAUGAUACAAAGUAUCAAGAAUGCGGAUUUAUUGGAUGAUUUUGUUUGGGGAAGUCAACAUAUGUAUUUAGAACGGGAGACUUUUAAGAGGUUCGUGGAGGAGGUUUUUUUGACACCAAAUAUGCUAAUAUGUUUCAGAUACAUCGGAAGUAGCAUCGGAAUAAUGACAAAAGCUGUCAAAAAACAAAUGGUGAUACCAGAUUGGGAGAAAUUCGUCACAGAUUUAGGCCAACUUUUUGAAGAAUGUCGAAGUUUUCAAAGUGGCGAAUUGGCUACUUAUAUUCCACAAUUAUCACGAGUUGCACCUGAUAGUUGGGCUAUGUCUGUUUGUACAAUUGAUGGACAAAGAAAAAGUUGGGGAGAUGCGUUGAAACCAUUUUGUUUGCAGGUCAGCAUUUUGGGGGAUCUAACAAAAAAUAUGUUUAUUAUCCAAAUAUUUCAGAGUGUCUCGAAACCAUUCACUUAUGCUCUGGUUCACGAUGAUAUCGGACCCGAAGAACUUCAUUCUCAUGUUGGACAAGAACCUUCGGGAAGACUUUUCAAUGAUAUUUGUCUGGAUCAUGAAAGUGAGCUUUUUUAUUUGGAAUUUUGA